AUGAAGAGCGGGCCGCAACAUUUUCAAAGAUCGCCCCACACCUUGGAAGCUAUAGGUAGCAUUGGAGCAGCUAGUCUAAUAUGGAAAAAAUACGUGGCUGGCAUACAUGUCACUGUGAAUGCUACAAAUACGACGUCUUUGGAAGUGAUCAACCAGAAUGCAAUAAAAAAUGACAUCGUGCUCGACAAGAUAACUAAUGAAGAUCCAUGUGCACUGAUUUACAAUGAAGAUUUCAAUUUUGUGUACUUGGACUGCCACACGUCUGCUUCUCAUUACUUUGAUGCAGUGUUCAAGAAUGUGCCCAGAGAUGGCAUUGUUGCAAUCACCACAAAAGACGAUCCGUCGCUGCAAACUCUGAAUCCAGAUGGAGCAUUGCGAAAUUACCAUGGUCUUAUUGGACGUACAUCUUAUAUCAACGAGCUAGGCGUUAGACUCGUUAUAGCAGCAAUUACGAGAUCAGCUUCGAAAUAUCGUAAAGGAAUCGAAGUCCAGUUGUGUGGAUUCUUCAAAAAUACCUUCCUGAUAAUUGUGAAAGCAAUUAAAGGGGCUCAAAAUGCAGACAACUCGCUGAGAAAGAUAUGCAAAUUGGCGCAUUGUAACAUGUGCGAAGAAAGAGCUUUUUAUCCCUCAACAAGCGAAUUUGGUAAGCAAUAUUAAUUAACUACUUCAACUUUUUUAAAUAUCACUGGUUUGCCU